AGGAUAGACACAAGACCGAAGGGAGGGGAGGGGGACAUGAGCAUAGGAGAUCCCUGUGACACAUUUCUUUGACCUUCCCUCUCUUUCUUUCUUUCUUUCUUUCUUUCUUUCUCAUCUCUCUCUUCCUAACUUUCUCCUCCUCUCCCAAUGUGUUUUGGGUCUCUACUCUUUCCUCCUCCUUCUUCUUCUGGUUAAGCGUCUCCGCUCUGCUUGGACGGUGGCUGCAUCGAUGCAAAAUGGGUUGUGGAAAUUCCUCAGCCACCAGCACCUCAGGGGGGGGUCCAGCGGAAGCCUCCAAAGAUGUGACAGAAGAUCCCGCAGCAGAAGAUGAGAAAAGAAGGAACUAUGGCGGCGUAUACGUGGGUCUACCAACAGACCUGACCACCGUGGCUGCCAGCCAGUCCAAAUCCACACGUAAAGACUAACAGCUACUGAGGGGAACACACCACAGGAUCCUUCAUACAAAUUCACCUAGGGACACUGGCAUUACAAGCAGAAACCACACAUAAGUGCUCCGAUUCUGGCCCACCACUAACUGGCUGAAGUCUCAGGCUUUAACCCUCUCAUUGAGCGAGGAUGUGGACGGCUUGAGGACGCUGCCUCAUGGAGUCAUGGGAGGCAAAGUGACACUGGGAUGCAGAGUGGAGGUUUGCAUACGGCAUCCAUCAUCAUCAUCACCCUUCACUUUGCAAAAAAAAAGAUGGGCAUCGAAGCGGACAAGCACCCGCCCCAGCACUGGCAGCUGUGGGCGGCGGCAGCGGGCAUUGUGACAGCCAUCUUGGCUUCUCGGUCAUGGCGCUGGAAUAUUCGCUUUCUUUCUCAGGAGGAGACAGGGAACCCAGCCAACUAACUCACUAACUAACUGUCUGGGAUUCACAGACAUUCCCAGAAGCCCUCUGCAAUAAUAACCGCUGCUCAGUUAUUUCUCUAAAACGCCAUCAACGAUUCAUUGUGUGGCGGAGACAGAGAGUUAAAGAGACAGAGAGAAAUCAGAGUGUUAUAGAAAGCGGCAAACACAUACCCGUUAAUGUGUCACAGAAGAUCUCAGUGUUAUUGAAAAUAGCUUUGAUUUCAAUCAUGGACCUUGUGCUGCAACAGAAAGGUCUGAAAAUGACACUGAUUUUAAUAACGGGUCUAAAUGUUAAUUACAGCAGUCGGUUAAUUCUAAGGUGUUUUAAAUACGCCCCUAAACCUAAAUGUCCUGGGUGCAUCAGCCAGGUCGUACCUGGUGUUGUCACUUAACUUGUGCCCCAGACUGGUUAUGUAACAUCAACAUAUGACUCAUGAUACUUGGAGGAUCUCUCUGUCUCUGUCUCUCUCUCUCUCUCUCUCUCUCUCUCUCUCUCUCUGCCCCUCACUUGUUCUCUCUCUUCAGCAUGUUGGGCUCCCCCCCUGAAGAUCACUGGUGCAAGUGCUUCUGGGUAAUUCACACAGCUCUUAUAAUCUUUCUCAAUAUUUACAGAUUCAGAAUUGUCACACCAUUUAUUCACAUCUCACAACAUUAAUGUGUAAAAGCAAAAAAAACAAACAAACAAAAAAAAAUUUCUUCAGCUGCAAAAAAUUGUGUAAAGAGGAAUCAUUGUAAGAAGAGAAGCCGAAAUGAUGGAUUGGUUUUCCCCAGCCUCCAUUUUUCUUACAGUUUAUUGCAUUGCCUUGUAACACCUGCACUUAUUUUAUAUUAUUAUAUAUAUUAUGUUUUCAAACUGAAUUGUGAAUGUUGUUUUGCUGUAUGUAAUCUUUAAAUUAUAAGGCUGGUUUUGUUUUUUAUUUAUUUGAGAUAAAAAAAAAAUCUCUCUUUGGUUUUUAUUCUAUUCUAUUUUAUUGUCAACAGAUCCCAUGAAAAGACUAAAACCAACAGUGUUUCUCACUUGUAAAGUCAAGAAUGAAUCUUCAAACUGAACAAUGUGUUACUCCAUCUCUCAGUACAACUUUGCUACCCUGUCUGUGGCAGUCAGUGCCCAU